CGCUUAGAAAUGUGUCGAAAAUGUCCCGGCCCUUAGCAAAUCACCUACAAUGUUUACAAAAAUAAACUGUGGCAUUAGUUAGCUAAAAAAAUGAAUAUAUGUUUGUAACAGUAAGCUUUCCUCCAAACAACCAAAAAUGUACAGUUCAACCUUUUGGCUAAAUGAAGCACCUACCUGUAUGGAACACAUUUUGCUCAACCUUUUUUAUCACAAGCAAAACUGUUGUUGUAGCCAAGAUGAUCAUCUAUUAGAGUGGCUGACUGUAACUGUGUUCUUAGCUCAAUGACAAUAAAGGCCAAUCUGUUUUUUAGAAAAAAACAGACGCUCCGUCUGUCCACCUGUAGCUGCAUCCUUAUCCUUUCUUCUUUGACCUUCUUCCCUUCAUUCCCUGUGACCUCCCAUCUUUCCCGUUCAGCCUCAGACAGAGCCCGUGGGUGUUCGGACUCCUCGGCUGAGGGACUGGCAUCUAGUGUAGCCCCCCCGCUCAGUUUGUCCCUCACUCCGGUUCUCAGCCCGGAGGAGUUUGAGCGUCUGUGGCUGCAGCGACAGGAUUUGCAUACUGAGCAAGAUGCUGAGAAGCGAGAAGAGGAGCAGGAUUGUGCAUGUCUUGUGGAACACAUCCGAGGCCCUGCAAUAGCACACUGCUCCCCUCAAAGCCUUCAGGCUGCAAUGCAGCUGGUCAACAUCCAGACACUGGCCUUCACCCCGCCGCACACACUCCCUUGGAGGGUCUACCUGUUCACACACACCCAGCACACACACAGUGGCUACGCACCACACAGCACGCUCAUAGUCGGGGAGCUGCUGUACACCGGAGAGGCAAAUCAGAGGGUGAGGUUGGUAAAGACAGGCUCGGAUGAUGGAGACUUGGUGGAGGGCAGCAAUGAGGAGCAUGUGAGAGAGGGAGGAGACCCCACAUCUGCUGGGCUGAGAGAGUCUGCCAGAGAAAAUGGAGAAGAGGAGGAAGUGAAAGUGACUCUGAAGCAGCAACCAAGAGAUGACAGCGCUCUGAAGGGGUUUCUCUCCAUCCUCACCACCGUACUGCACACACUGUCCUCAGAGAGGGCGUAAAUAUGCAUUACACAUGCAUACACACACACAAGCAUCAUUGGACCUACCUAGAUGUGUUAAGUCAUUCGGUCCAAGUCUCAGAUAAAGCCCCACCCCACUUAUCUGUCUUACAAAAAGAAAAAGUAAUUAGUACCUGUCUCAUCAUAAUAAUAUUGGCCAAUUCAUCUAACAUGUUCCAAAAAUAUGACGAUUGUUUAUUAAUAUUAUAGAUAUUUAGAGAAAAAAAAUUAUCAAAACUUUAAAAAAUAUGUUUUCUUAAUUUCUUCUUAAUUAAAAUGAAACAAACUAGAACUGAAGACCACUUCUCAGAAAAUUACUAUGUCUUUAAGAAGUCCCUCACUGAUCACAAUCAUUCCCUCUCAAACAGAACUUGCGUAAACCACAGACAGAAUGACAGAAACCAGUCAGGUUAGCAUUUGGCCUGGUUUUAACCACACUCUAUUAAUGGCUUUCCUGUAUUUACGGGAAAUGUUUUCUGGCUGGCCACUUUAGGGGCCAUAUGAAGGACUAGCAUCACUGCACAAAUGUAUACUUCUCUUUUAUUUUGGGAUUGAGAGAAAAAGAAUGCUCAAAGACAAACAUGAUGGAAACCACCUUUCACAGGAGGCAGAGCUUGACAAGGGAGGAUUGUUUACCCCAGUGCCCAAAUGCAGACAAUAUAUACCACAUAUUUUUGGAGGGCUCUUGGAGACAUGUAAAUGAACUGAUUAAAACAUGUGGAUUGCUUUCCUACCUAUUUCCAGCUCAAUCAGCUAUUCUAGUUAUAAAUGUCCAGACCCCUUCUGAAACCAUAGUUAGCUAAAUCCAGCCUGGUCAACCCUUUUUUCAGCAAGAACUGUUAUCAGUUUGCCUGUUGAGUACCCUCAGUAAAUGCAAUGACUGUUGGAUUCAAGCGGUCUAAAGCAGAUGUGGAGGAAGUAUUCAGAUCCUUUAGUCAAAAUAAAAGUACAAUAUUUCCCUUUGAAUGGUAGUGGAGUAUAAGUAUUAUGGCACAGAUAUAAUAGACUUAAGUAGAUUCCAAGUACCUCAAAUGUGUACUUAAGUGUACUUGAGUAAAUGGCAUUAGCUGUGGUGAAAAGUAACACAGUACAUUUGCUUAAGUAUUGUACUUGAGUACGAUUUGGGCACCUGUACUUUACCUUAGUAUUUUAUUUUAGGCUCUUACUCCACUACAAUUUGGAAGCCAAUAUUGUACUUUUUAUUCCACUAUAUUUAUUUGACAUAAUUACUUCGUAGUUAUUUUACGGAUUCAGAAUAUGUGCUUAAACACAAUAUAAAUUAACUAUCAGAUAUAAUUAAGACAGCCAGCAGCAGUACAUAAAGUAUGUGUGUAUGUACAGUUGCAAGAAAAAGUAUGUGAACCCUUUGGAACUACCUGGAA